CUUCGCGCCGCCGGCCCACGCCGCAGUGUGCUUUGUGGACGGCUCCUUCGCAGACGGCCCGGUCGAGCCCGCUCGGCGCCUCGGACGCGAUGUUCCGCCGGAGCUUGAACCGUUUUUGUGCUGGAGAAGAGAAACGAGUUGGCACACGCACAGUGUUUGUUGGCAAUCACCCAGUAUCAGAAACAGAAGCCUACAUUGCACAAAGAUUUUGUGAUAAUAGAAUAGUCUCAUCUAAGUAUACACUUUGGAAUUUCCUCCCAAAGAAUCUGUUUGAACAGUUUAGAAGAAUUGCAAAUUUUUAUUUUCUCAUCAUUUUCCUUGUACAGGUCACAGUAGACACACCAACGAGUCCAGUUACCAGUGGACUUCCACUUUUCUUUGUUAUAACUGUCACAGCCAUCAAGCAGGGAUAUGAGGAUUGGCUGAGACACAGAGCUGACAAUGAAGUUAACAAGAGCACUGUUUACAUUAUUGAAAAUGCAGAGCGAGUGAAAAAAGAUAGUGAAAAAAUCAAGGUUGGUGAUGUAGUGGAGGUACAUGCAGAUGAAACCUUUCCCUGUGAUCUUAUUCUUCUAUCAUCCUGUACUGAGGAUGGAACCUGCUAUGUCACUACAGCCAGUCUUGAUGGAGAAUCUAAUUGCAAGACACACUACGCAGUACGUGAUACCAUUACACUGUGUUCAGCCGAAUCCAUUGAUAGCCUCCGAGCUGCAAUCGAAUGUGAACAGCCUCAACCUGACCUCUACAAGUUUGUUGGGCGAAUCAAUAUCUACAGUAAUGGUCUUGAGCCUGUUGCCAGGUCUUUGGGACCUGAAAAUCUCUUGCUGAAAGGAGCUACUCUAAAAAAUACCAAGAGGAUAUAUGGAGUUGCUGUUUACACUGGGAUGGAAACCAAAAUGGCUUUGAACUACCAAGGGAAAUCUCAGAAACGUUCUGCUGUUGAAAAAUCCAUUAAUGCCUUCCUGAUUGUGUAUUUAUUUAUCUUACUGACCAAAGCUGCAGUGUGCACAACUCUAAAAUAUGUUUGGCAAAGCACUCCAUAUAAUGAUGAACCUUGGUAUAACCAAAAGACCAAGAAAGAGCGGGAGACUUUGAAGGUUUUGAAAAUGUUCACCGAUUUCCUGUCAUUUAUGGUUCUAUUCAACUUUAUCAUUCCUGUCUCCAUGUAUGUCACAGUAGAGAUGCAGAAAUUCUUGGGCUCCUUCUUCAUUUCAUGGGAUAAAGACUUUUAUGAUGAAGAAAUUAAUGAAGGAGCCCUGGUUAACACAUCAGACCUUAAUGAAGAACUUGGUCAGGUGGAUUAUGUAUUUACAGAUAAGACUGGAACACUCACUGAAAACAGCAUGGAAUUCAUUGAAUGCUGCAUUGAUGGGCAUAAAUACAAAGGUGUAGCUCAGGAGGCUGAUGGACUCUCUCAAACUGAUGGACCCUUAACAUAUUUUGACAAAGCAGAUAAGAACAGAGAAGAGCUCUUUCUGCGGGCCUUGUGUUUAUGUCAUACUGUGGAAACAAAAACAAAUGAUGCUGUUGAUGGAUCUACAGAGUCAACUGAAUUAACCUAUGUCUCCUCCUCACCAGAUGAAAUAGCUUUAGUAAAAGGAGCUAAAAAGUAUGGGUUCACAUUUGUAGGAAUUCAGAAUGGCCAUAUGAAAGUGGAGAACCAAAAAAAACAAAUAGAAGAAUACGAACUUCUUCACACAUUAAACUUCGAUUCUGUCCGUCGCCGUAUGAGUGUAAUUGUGAAGAAUCAAGAAGGAGACAUACUUCUCUUUUGUAAAGGAGCAGACUCAGCAGUUUUCCCCAGGGUGCAAAAUCAUGAAAUUGAGUUAACUAAAGCCCAUGUGGAACGCAAUGCAAUGGAUGGAUACCGGACACUUUGUGUAGCCUUCAAAGAAAUUGCUCCAGAUGAUUAUGAAAGAAUUAACAGACAGCUCAUAGAGGCAAAAAUGGCCUUACAAGACAGAGAAGAAAAAAUGGAAAAGGUUUUUGAUGAUAUUGAGACAAACAUGAAUUUAAUUGGCGCCACUGCAGUGGAAGACAAGCUACAAGAUCAAGCAGCUGAGACCAUCGAAGCUCUGCAUGCUGCAGGUCUGAAAGUCUGGGUGCUUACUGGUGACAAGAUGGAGACAGCCAAAUCCACCUGCUAUGCCUGCCGCCUUUUCCAAACCAGCACCGAACUCUUGGAACUGACCACAAAAACCAUUGAAGAAAGUGAAAGGAAAGAAGAUCGAUUACAUGAAUUAUUGAUAGAAUAUCGUAAGAAGUUGCUGCAUGAAUUUCCUAAAAGUACUAGAAACCUUAAAAAAGCAUGGACAGAACACCAAGAAUAUGGAUUAAUCAUUGAUGGCUCCACAUUGUCACUCAUAUUAAAUUCUAGUCAAGACUCCAGUUCUAACAAUUACAAAAACAUUUUUCUACAAAUUUGUAUGAAGUGUACUGCAGUACUCUGCUGUCGGAUGGCACCAUUGCAGAAAGCCCAGAUUGUCAGAAUGGUGAAGAAUUUAAAAGGCAGCCCAAUAACACUGUCGAUAGGUGAUGGUGCCAAUGAUGUUAGUAUGAUCUUGGAAUCCCAUGUUGGAAUAGGUAUUAAAGGCAAAGAAGGUCGCCAAGCAGCUAGGAAUAGUGAUUAUUCUGUUCCAAAGUUUAAGCAUUUGAAGAAACUGCUAUUGGCUCAUGGACAUCUCUAUUAUGUGAGAAUAGCACACCUUGUACAGUAUUUCUUCUAUAAGAAUCUUUGUUUCAUUUUACCACAGUUUUUGUACCAGUUCUUCUGUGGAUUCUCUCAACAGCCAUUGUAUGAUGCCGCUUACCUUACAAUGUACAAUAUCUGCUUCACAUCCUUGCCCAUCCUGGCCUACAGUCUGCUGGAACAGCACAUCAACAUUGACACUCUGACCUCAGAUCCCAGAUUGUAUAUGAAAAUUUCUGGCAAUGCCAUGCUGCAGUUGGGCCCCUUCUUAUACUGGACAUUUCUGGCUGCAUUUGAAGGGACAGUGUUCUUCUUUGGGACUUAUUUUCUCUUUCAGACUUCAUCCCUAGAAGAGAAUGCAAAGGUCUAUGGAAACUGGACUUUUGGAACCAUUGUUUUUACAGUCUUAGUAUUCACUGUAACUCUGAAGCUUGCCUUGGAUACUCGUUUCUGGACAUGGAUAAAUCACUUUGUGAUUUGGGGUUCUUUAGCCUUUUAUGUAUUUUUCUCAUUCUUCUGGGGAGGAAUUAUUUGGCCUUUUCUUAAACAACAGAGAAUGUAUUUCGUAUUUGCUCAAAUGCUGUCUUCUGUAUCCACAUGGUUGGCAAUAGUUCUUCUAAUAUUUAUCAGCCUUUUCCCUGAGAUUCUCCUGAUUGUAUUAAAGAAUGUAAGAAGAAGAAGUGCCAGGAAUCCGAAUCUUGAACUGCCUAUGUUAUUGUCCUACAAGCAUAUUGACAGUGGUUACAGCUAAAACAGAAAGCAUGAAGAAGCAACAAGAAGUUUUCAUCUCAGGAUACUCGAUAUGCAACAAACUAAACCACUCAUAUAUCUAGGAUUCAGAAUAAAUGUCCAUUAAAAUACCAAAUGACUCUCUUAAGCAUUUACAGUUAUUGUAAGUAGCCAUUAUGGCCAAAGCUCUAAAUUACAAAUUAUAUGAAAGUUUGAAAGCAAGAAUAUUUAGAAUUUCUGGCUUUAGAUAGAAUAAUAACUACCCAAUGGGUGCUCUUUUAACCCAUGAACUCUGAAUGGAUUUAAAUACAAUAUAAAGUAGAAGUCAUGCCAUGGGAAUGAAUAGAUUUUGCUAAUAUUACUUUUUUUGCCUGGCAGAAGAAAUAGGCUGUUUGGAUCACAUUUCUUGUUCCUGCUGAAUGAUAAAUUAUUUUUUUCCCCAAACAUCUGAAAGAAAUACUUGAAAAUACAAGAUGACUAAAUCAUAUCAAUACAUCAGAUAGGAUAGUUAAUCCUUUCUGUUCACCCACAUGCUAAUUUUGUCUUGCCAAAAAUAAUCCUGAAAACUUAGGUGGGAUGAAUGUUAACCCUGGGUAUUUUUCUAAGAAUCAAAAAAAAAUACAUUCCUUUUAUUUUGGUUCUCCUGAAUUAAACCCCACUUAAUGGAUGUAUGGCUACAAGAUUUGAAAAUAAAACAUUUCCACUCACUUGAUAGGCCCUCAGAAUAGUGUAACCAGUUUGUCCAAUGUAAUUUUUACUGGCAUCUGAGAUAAAAUGGGCAAAACCAUAGUUACACAAAAAUAAAGGCCAUCCUGAACAUCAGUCUUUUAUAACUGUCGGUGGAGAGGGAGGAAGAAUGGCUUGUUUCCACCAGCUAGUGGUUUUAUUUGAAAGAGAUGGUGUUCGUGCACAUACGCAUCACCUUUUUUGGAGGUGAAGGGGAGGGAUCCAUCAUAAGACAGUAGUAGUUGAGCCUACAGAUCCAUGACUCUGAACAUGAACGUUGACUCACUCAGCAGACUCCGCUAGGGCCAUGGUCUAAACUUGAAACCAUGACAGUCACCUUGGUUAAGUCCUCAGCUUACCAGACUAGCAGGAGAUUUUAACCUCCUAACAAGUUCACUUAAAACAUAAAAAUAAAUGUGAAAUGUCUUUAUUAAAUGUUAAAAUCAAAUACUUCUUUGGAUAUAAAUGACUACAUUUGACUAUUAGAUUGAAAUGGUCUUUUUAAAAAGUGUUUUCAUGUCAGUUUUCAUUUUUGAUGGUCUUUCUGGCAUGCCUGUAUUAUUAUUAGUGUUUAUAUUGUACCUUCAUUUGGAAAAAGUAUUGAUUCAGUCUAUACCAAUGUAUUUACAUUGUCCAUAUGGCACAUUUUAUUUUUCCUUAUAUUUUUGUGUUAAUGUCUAGGUGUAGUUUUUCUUGAAUUCUAGAAAAGAUAAUUUCAGUUAUCAGAAACCUUAUUCCAUCAUUACUGAUCCUUUUUUAUUAUUUCAUUUGUUGUCAUCUAUCAGUGUUAUUUUUGAGUAUUUUGUUAGAUGUCAUCCACAGCUUGCUUAAGUGUGCUGUGUUCUGGUAGUAUGUAUUUGAGGUAGUCCGCUGAAAAAGUCUUUAUAUUCUUUGCCUAUUCCAAAGAGCUAACAAAUCAGACCCAGGAAAGCUUUUGAUGUUUUGCUGUUCUUGUUCUUAUGUCUUUAUAGUUGUUGCUGUAUUGUUACUGUUUUAUGUAAGAACUAUAGGAACUGUGAACACAAACUAGAGAGCCAGGAUAGAUAGGCCUGUUUAAUGCAGAACCACUGGAGAUGUGACAUAAUCAGAAUAUCCAGGAGUAGAAAUAUAAUAACUGCUGGCAGAUCAAAUUCCUUGUGGCCAGGAAGUAAGUAAAGGGGAUUAGAGCCUUGUCUCAGCCACACGUUGAGCUGCAGCUCAAACUCCCAAUGGCGAUGAUGUGUGGUAUCGUGGCCUAGAUCCUUGAGAAAGAUCCAACUUUCCUUUUUGAAAGAUCUUAUUAAUGAGCUAAACAUUGCUAAGCAUGGGGUUAGCAGAUGGAAUAACUUGAAGUAAGCUGUCCAGUAUUUUAUCACUACAAUCUAACCACCUUACUUGGUAAAGGAAAAGGGGGAAACUGUAAUAGUAGGAUCAUAUACCCAUCAUUUAAAUAAUUUUGAACUACCAAAACAUGUUGGUAAUUUUCACAACUAAUGUCCAUUGUUCGAGGAUGUUGCCUACUAAACUGAAAGCAUAAAUUCCUUCCCUACCACAUAGACACCAGCAGCAGUAUAAUUGUAAGCCUAAAUUUGCAAAGGUCAUAAUACUUUAGUGAUGGAAUUUUUUAAUAACAUGCAGUAUAUAAUAUGCAGAUUUUAUGCAAGUGUUGACAAGAUCAUUUUUCAGCUUGCAAAACGGGACUGCAAUAUUACAUUUUUCACUUAAGCCAUUUUUUACAUCUAUGUUGUUGCUUUCUAUGAUGAAUGUGAAUGCCAUCUUUUAUGAAUGCAACUUGCCUUUUUCAUUACAGAAAUUUUUGUUUCAUGUAAUCAAUAAACUUUGG